CUCAACCAUUUCCCUCAUUUUUCUUGCCCACCAAGAGCCAAGAAACAACCAAAAUCCUCUCUUUUUUUUCUCCUUCUUUUGUUCUCCUUUCAAUUAGGGAUUUCUGGGUUUUCCAUGGAUGCUACUACUCUUGAAUUGAUGGACAGUGGUGGUGGUGGUGGAGUGGUUUCUGGGGGUUCAAUGUCAACAGUUUCUUCUUCUUGUUCACACCCAGAUGAGUCUGAGCUUGAAUUGGGCCUUGGGUUGAGUCUGGGUGGCUCAAAGUCUGCUCCUUGGGGCCAAUAUGGCAGGAUCUUGACAGCUGAGGAUUUCCCUUCUGGGGUUUCAAAGUCUUCUUCUUCUUCUUCAUGUUCCUCUGCAACUAAAGCCAACAAUGCUUCUUGUGGCACCAAGAGAGCUGCAGAUUCUAGUUCCCCUCCUCGUUCUGGUGUCAGUCAGGUUGUGGGAUGGCCUCCUAUCAGAACGUAUAGAAUGAACAGCUUAGUCAGCCAGACGACGAAAUCUCCAGCUGUGGAAGAGUUUUCCUCGUCCACAGUCGAGAAAAGCAAGAGCAAAGUCAUCGUUGUGGACAAAACCCGAGGUGGCAGCAAGAUUAACAGCGAUGCUAAGGAUAAAAGUUUCGUCAAGGCGUCCUUGUUUGUGAAGGUGAAUAUGGAUGGAGUUAUGAUCGGGAGGAAGGUCGACCUCGGUGCUCAUACCAACUACGAGGACUUAGUGUGCACCUUGGACGAGAUGUUCUUUAUGCCCACCACAACUGCCCACACAAGAUGUUCAAACCUCGAAGAGAAAAACGCUAUGACAGAUGCCGCUGCUCGCCCGAGACUGUUGGAUGGAUCAUCUGAAUUCGUGCUUACUUAUGAAGACAAAGACGGUGAUUGGAUGCUCGUUGGAGACGUUCCAUGGGAGAUAUUCGUUUGCUCGGUCAAGAGGUUGAGGAUCGUGAGAAAAUCCGAGGCCAAUGGGCUGGGAACAACUCCAACUAUGCAUCAAGAAAGGAACGGGAGACCGAGGACUAAGCCGAUAUGAGUUCUACAAAAAAAACUUAUAAUAUCCAACUGAUUGAAGUAUACGGGAUUGCCAACUUUUUGUUGAAACCUCAAGGCGUUUAUUUUGCUUAUAUUAUUAUUAUUAUUAUUAUUAUUAUUUGUUUUGCGUACCUCGGGAAUAUACAGGCACUGCAGUCAUCAUCUAUGGAAUACAUCAUCGGAAUAUCGAGUUUGCUGGUGCUGUUGUAAGUAUGGAAGUGCCAUGUUGGUGCAUUUUUGAGCUUUUUACACUCUGAGAAAGAGGAAAUACUGUUUUGCAAGAUGGUUAUGGAUUGGAACCUAAACCUUUAUGUUGUUUAUGAAUCAUAUAAUACAAAUUUUCACUUACUGUUCUU